AAAGUGCAACCUAUUUUUCCGAUAUGGCACACUCCGUCUCCAACGAGCAAAGCGAAAUGUCCAACACCACACCCCUCCUCCUCCGCCGCAACCGGUGGCGCUUCCCGUCCACAAUAAAACUGAAAACGACUCUUUCGUCGGAACUCUCCGGCGCCGUCGGCGACUUAGGAACCUACAUCCCCAUAGUGUUGGCUCUAUCUCUGGUGAACAACCUUGACUUAACCACCACCCUUACCUUCACCGCACUCUACAACAUCGCCACCGGCCUCCUCUUCGGUCUCCCCAUGCCGGUUCAGCCCAUGAAGUCAAUCGCCGCCGUCGCUAUCUCCGAGUCUCCUCCACUCACCAUCCCACAAAUCUCCGCCGCGGGACUCUCCGUCGCCGCCGUGCUCCUCUUCCUCGGCUUCACCGGACUCAUGUCGUUCCUCUACCGUUACCUCCCUCUCCCCGUCGUUCGCGGCGUUCAACUCUCUCAGGGACUCUCCUUCGCCUUCUCCGCCAUCAAAUACAUACGCUACGAACAAGACUUGGCCAAAUCGAAAUCGGGUCCUCCGAGACCCUGGCUCGGACUCGAUGGCCUCAUCGUCGCUCUCGCCGCCGUACUUUUUCUCGUCCUCACCACCGGCGCCGGCGUCGACGAUCACCGUGAAGGCGAAGCACAAGCAGAACAACAACAACAACAAGAAGUAGAAGAUGAAGAUGAGGAUGUUGUUGAUCGGCGCAACCGUGUUCGCCGGAGGUUGAGGGUUUUGUCGACGGUACCGGCAGCGCUUAUAGUGUUCUUGUUUGGGUUGUUGUUGUGUUUUCUUCGCGACCCUUCGAUAUUCAAUGAUCUUAGGUUUGGUCCUUCGAGGAUUUCUGUGGUUCGAAUUACCUGGGAGGAUCUGAAGAUUGGGUUUGUUCGUGCGGCGAUUCCGCAAAUUCCGCUUUCGAUAUUGAAUUCGGUUAUUGCGGUUUGUAAGUUGUCGGGGGACUUGUUUCCUGAUAGAGAAGCUUCGGCUAUGAGGGUUUCUGUGAGUGUUGGGAUUAUGAACUUUGUUGGGUGUUGGUUCGGUGCCAUGCCUUGUUGCCAUGGUGCUGGUGGUUUGGCUGGCCAAUAUAGGUUCGGGGGUAGGAGUGGUGCUUCUGUUGUGUUUCUUGGGCUUGCUAAGUUGGUUCUUGCUUUGGUGUUUGGUAACUCUUUUGGGAGAAUCUUGGGUCAGUUCCCAAUUGGGAUUCUUGGGGUGCUUCUUUUAUUUGCUGGGAUUGAGUUAGCUAUGGCUUCCAAGGACAUGAACACUAAACAAGAGUCUUUUGUUAUGUUUGUUUGUGCUGCUGUUUCUCUCACAGGUUCAAGUGCUGCUUUGGGAUUUUUUGUUGGCAUUGUGCUCUACCUUCUGCUCAAGUUGAGGGAGCUUCAAUGUGGUGGCUUUGGGUUAUCCAAAUCCAAGAAGAGGAAAUCUUCUGUGGAUGAGGAAACUAGCUUAAUUGGAUAAUUAAGACAAUUUAAUUGGAUCAGAGUAUAAAAAUUGAAGUAGCUAUUUGUUUGUGCCAAUUGGUGAUUGUCCUGAAAGUGAUCACCAAAGUUGUGAUUAUGUGGAGCUUCUCAUUUUCAUAAGUACGUGUCUUUUCCACCUUCCUCCUUGCAAGGACUGUUUCUGUAUUUGUGUUGGUGUUAUGAUUUAGAUAGGGUGUACUACAAAAUGUAUUUAUAGUAUGGAUAGAGUUCAUCCGUUUGAAUAAAGGACUUUUGCCAAAUAACAAUGUUGGUGUGCCGGUAGACUGGGGAACAUGGUUUAUAGUCUAUAGACAUGAUCAUUCAGUGUUCGGAUGGACGCACUUUAAGGACUCUGGACUGGACUCCCUUUUUUAAGGUCUGAGCUUUUUUUUAAGUAUUAGUCAUUGGGUGGAACUCACAUACUUUAGUUGUUAGUUAUUUUAUACACAAAUACGU